AUGGCUGGCGCUAACCAGCUUCAGCGUUUGGGGGUCAACCAAGUCGCGCGCUUUGCAUCAUCCUCACUUGCGAUCGGGUUGGGACUUGUGCCAAAUCCGGAGUUUGGGGGUUUGGCCUGGAACCCUCCGACUUGGAUCGAAGCUGGUGUUUCCUCUGUUUCCUCUCUGCAUGUCAAGAAAGACAAAGCAAGACCCAGCCAUCGGGGCACGUCGCAAACAAGCUUUUUUUCCCCUUCGAUCAAAUCACAGACAUACUUGACGUGGCAUCCAAGUGCUCUCUGCAUACCUACCUACUUCCAUCUAAACAUCAUCCCGCCUGCCUUGGAACACUCCCGCUUUGCUUUUGGUUUAGCUGGGUGGUCUUCUGCCAUGUCCACAGCCGUAUGGCCGCCUAUCGAUCAUGACCGCCUCGCCGAUGAGCAGGCGGCGUCGCAAGCCCGUGAGCUUGAAUGGCUGCUGCUCCAGCUGCGCGACACGUUGCAGUCGCUCAAGGCCGGCCUAGAAGAGUGCGCUGCCCUGUUGGCACCCUCGGAAAAUGGCUCGACGCUGGUCCUCUCAUCCGUGCGCUCAGAGAGUCUCAAGGGCCUCAUCACUCGCAUUGGGACGCGCAUCACCAAGGGCAACAUCAAGUUGCGCCUUGCCAGCCUCCCACCACCAAAGGGCUCCCUGACAUACGACCUGUCCAUCUCUGCUGCACCGCAUGCGCCAACCCUCGUUGUGCCCCAGCUCACCGCCAUCCGGACCUCCAUCAACAGCUGCUUGGAUGCUAUUGACGUGGCUACAUGGGGCGGUGAUGCAACCAAUGCCAGCUUUGUCUCUGGACAACUGCAGUUGCUCCAUGACCACAUACUCGAAGCACGAGCCUCACUGAAAGGGUACUCGAAUGUGCAAUCGCCAUGGUGGGAAAACCCAGUCGACGCAAAGACAUUCGACCCACCACUACCGCCCCAUGUCUCCUUUCACCUCUUCCUCUUCGACGCAGCCCUCGUUCUCGAGAUCCGCACUCUCGAGCCGUACCAAGCUGGCGGGCAGUCGUCUCUCAGCGGCUUCAGUCUCCGCGACAGCUUAGCAUCAGCACUCGGCGGCGCACGUGCACCCGCUCACGAUGAAGCCGACCGCAUCUUCAAGUUCAACGGCCAUGAUGUGCGUGUCAAAGAGAAGAUACGAGUCGAGAGCCAAGACCCAGCGCUGAUAUCUGCGUCGGCCAAACUCAAUGCCCUCGAGCACAGCCUGAUGCUGAGCCGCAAAGCCCUCCACAUCGUGAUGGGCCGGGAUGACCAAAUUGUCCCAUUGGCGGGGAAAGCACGCCUAACGACGAAGCGCUGGUCCAGCUUUUUCCGCGGGAGUCCGUAUGGGGUUAGCGUGGAUCGCGCCAUGUUCGGCCUGUCGCCAUUCGCUAUCGGAACAGGAACUGUGGACGCGCAUUAG